AUGGUUUUGUCCCUGUAUAAGGUUUUCCUAUUCUCGCUGUGUCCACUGACUUUGAUUGUGGGACACACUGUGUCGCAGUAUAUAAGUCUCGAAGUCGACAGAGAUGGAUGGUUUAACACGUAUUUUGUCAAGCAAGGCUGGUUUUGGACGAGUCUGGUAGGAUGGUGGUGUAUGAUCAGGUAUAGUGGGUUUGGCCACCGUGGGACAUGGAAGAAAACGCUACUUCGGUACUCUGUGCUGACCGGGUGGUGGAUGGUCUUCACGCAGUCCAUAUGGUCAGAAGCGGCUCCACUUAUGGAUUUGGUGUUCACAGCCACCGGGGGUCGCUGCAGUUUCGACGUUUUCGACCCGUCAGACCCGCGGACUUGGCAGAUCAAUGAGAAAUUUCACGACACCCUCACACGGCGACAAUCCAGUCUUCGCAAAAUCUACCAAGCGCUCAAACAAGCAUCCACCAACCCCUCUGUGGUGCUAGAAAAUGCGGUCUCCGCAGUCGAGUAUUGGCUCUCAGAGGGGAGGGAACAUCUCAUGAACAUAGAAAUGACGCCCCACCAACUCAACACGUACAUCGAUGAAGCCCUACAUUCGUGGCGCAGGAUCAACUCUUCCAAUCUUUGCAGGUCGCUGGGUGGACACUGGAAAGGUGGACACGAUCCCAGUGGCCACAUUUUUCUCAUUACGCUCAUGUGCAUGUUUCUGCUCGGCGAGCUUCAGGCCAUCGGCAGAAAAGCGCUGAGAAAACUGAAGACUGAAAGGCGUUUCUGGCUGGCGCUCAAGACGCAUUCGACCAACAUUGUCCAGAGUGGAGCUGUCUUCACUUCUUUCUCUCGGCAAUCUGUCACUUGGAAAGCGCUACUAAAAGAGCUCGCCGUGGCACCAGUAAAUCGUUCGAAACAAUUACUGCUGCUGACGAUCUCCACGUUCAGAUUUGUCGUAUGGGACAACCCCAUAAUAGCCCUUGUCGUUCUCACAGUCAUGUGGUGGUGGAGCUUCCUUGUGACAACGAUUGCAUUCCAUACUCUUCCAGAGCAGAUUAGCGGACUUUUAUGUGCAUACAUCGUGGCCGCUAUCGUCUACUGGAAACUCGCAUGA